GCGAAACCGAGAGGACUAGGACAAUAUGUUACUAUGAUUUACCAACUUUUUUCAUUCUCCUCGUUUAUCGAUAAUAUACCUAGGUUCCUACCCGGAGGUAUUGGAGGUUCACUGCUACUAGAUACGAAAGCCCGUUAAGCGAAAGCAAUUUAUAUUCCAUCUAGAACGUUUGAACCACUUCAACCAUUUGAGAAACGCGCUACCUGAUCUACGAAAGUGUGACUACCAGUAACAUAAGGAAGUUCGUUUGUACCGAUACUUGCAAAUAAAAUUUGAUGCAAUGAAUCCUUAUUCCCAAAACAUCUGGUGAAUUUUGAAUUUCUGGACAGUACCAUUCCUUUUAUCCAAAUGGAUCUUGUUUACAAGCUUUACAAAAAUCAGGAAACCUCGUAUCUUCCACGUAAAAUUCUCCAAUCCCUAACAUACUCUUUCAUGGGAUUAGCUUCAAAGAUAGCCUUGUCACGUCAUCAUCUAAACGUUGUCGGUUCGGAACGCCUUUUACUGGCCAUUGAAAAAAGACCUAGUAAUCAGCCUUUGAUUACAGUCAGCAAUCACCAUUCGUGUCUUGACGAUUUUUUCUUGUGUGGUUCAUUGCUUAAACUUAGGCAUUUUGCUAAUGUAACCGUAUGUCGUUGGUGCUUGACAGCUGUAGAUAUAUGUUAUACAACUUCGCUUCAUACCAACUUCUUCUUCUGGUUCAGAGGAGUUCCUAUAUGGCGAAGGGUUCGUGAUCCGCUAUCUGGUAAAAUAACUCACUUUGGUGGGGGGGUUUAUCAACCUAGUAUGGAUUUUUGCAUCAAUUUACUAAAUUCUGGCCAAUGGGUACAUGUAUUUUCCCAGGGGAGAAUUAUUCAACCUCAUGAACGUGGUUCUGAAAAAAAUAUUCGCCUGCGUUGGGGAAUCGGACGGUUGAUAGCCGAAUCAAAAGAAGACCCACUUGUAAUUCCUGUUUGGCAUUGCGGUCUAGAUCAACUAAAUCCUUCUGAGGUUCCGAAUACGUCUACUACGCUGUCAUGUAUAUUUGGAAAACCGCGUCAACUGACUGUUGUAGUAGGUAAACCAAUCGAUACCCAUGGUUUGCGUCAAGAAUUAAAGAAUAAUUCAUCUGAAUAUUUGGCGUCAUCAGAAUUUCGUUCACAUAUUCACUCUAUGUAUACUCAGGUUGUCCAAGAACAGCUAUACAAACUCAAAGAAGAAACCGAAUUUGAGCAUCAAAGACCAAAUCUGAUCUAAAAACUGUGAAUAGCUUUAUUAGAAGUCUACUUUUUUACCUUAUAUUUUUAGAAUUGUUAUAAUGAAUAAAACGUUCUUCCUA